AUGGCGUCCGGCAGGGGUGGGUGCCACCCCCUCAUUUCGGGCUCCUUCGCCUCUUUCCACUUCAGCACCCUCGUGGCGCUGAGCUGCCUCUUCUUCACUUUCCCGGGCACCUGGCUGGGCCUGAACGUCUCCUGGGCCUUCCCCAUCAUUUGCGCCAACCUCCUCAUCCCAACCAUCCUUUACUUCUUCCUCACCAGUUUCACAGACACGGGAAUCCUCCAUAAAGGCAUCGAAGAAGAGCUGGAGAACCAGGCCAACACGCUGGGCAGCUCCCGGCAACAUUGGUGCAACUAUUGCCAGCUGUACUGCUUGCCGCACACUUUCCAUUGUCGCUGGUGCAACAUCUGUGUGGAGGAAUUCGACCAUCACUGCCUGUGGGUGAACAACUGCAUCGGCUGCCACAACUUCCGUUUCUUCCUGUUCUUCAUCUUCUUCCUGACCAGCUACGACCUGGUGGUGCUCCUGGCCUGUUUCACUUACCUGGCCCUCAACUCCCAGCAGCCCUUCGGCGUGGAGAAGAUCUGCACGGUUCUGCUGACCAUUCCUGCUGCCUCCUCCCUCGUGCCGCUACUCAUCCUGCUGUCCCACCAAAUUAUCACUGUUGUAGCAGCUCAGGAUUCGUGCACGUUCCAGGAUCCCUUUGCUAGCCAUCUUUCAGCCUGGAGGAGCCAUUUCUUUGCACUGUGCAAGCUGCGCAAUGCCAAGCCGCAAAGGAGCUUGGUGUGGCCGGUGGCCACAAGGACCAGCUCGAAGGGAGCCAAGCCCUUCUCCACCCUCUGGAUUGCCAGCACCGCCACCCCUGACUCUGGACCACCUGCCCAUCUGCCGGACCAUCGCCAGGAGCCGAAGGUGUUGAAGGCGUGGGGACAGUUGCUCGCAGCCGUGGGCAGACUCCUGCGCCCCUGUGUGGACACCUGGCCAGGGAAAUCCACUAAGGAGGUGAGCCAGAAAGAAAAUCUGUGGCAGCUGAACCCGAAUGACAGAAGUGUGGCGAUCACAAUCCCCGACAUCCUGGAAUCCGGAGAUCGCCUGGAUGGGGUGCAGGAGCCCCACUGGAAGGGCCAGAUCCACGGCAGCCGGCGGGCCCCCUCCUCCCCUACCGCCAUGCUGCUCUCCGUCUCCGACAUCUGA